AGGAUUGAAGUGAAGUGAAGGUGGAAUUAACUUUAUUUAUUUACAAUAUACUCGUGUGUUGUUUUCUUUUUGUGUUGAAAUAUGAAGUUGAAUUAAAAUUUUAGGCUUUCAAGCGAUGUUUGCGUUUGUUGCUUUACAUCCCAUACUGUUUACGUUCCAGUUUAUAGAGAUGAAAUAGGCUUUUGCUCAUAUCAAAAUGUCUGGUGUUGAUGAUGAGCAGAGAUCUCGUCGACGUGGUCUUCUGAAAAAAUAUUAUGGAUUCUCAGAAGAAAAUAAAGAAGGAUUUGAUCCUUACAAUAUUAAUGCUCCUGAAUUUAAUCCAGAUCUGUAUUUACAUAAGUUAUUGAAGGAAUGCAAUUUAAAUCAAUUAAUGCAAAAAGAGCAUCAAAUAUACAGACAAAUUCAGUCUUUAGACAGUGAAAUGCAAACUUUGGUGUAUGAAAACUAUAACAAAUUCAUAAGUGCCACUGACACCAUACGAAAAAUGAAAAAUGACUUUAAAAAAAUGGAAGAAGAAAUGGAUUGCCUUUCUUCUAACAUGGCCAUUAUCACAGAAUUUAGUGGUAAUAUUUCAAGCACACUUCAAGGUCGAAGGCAGCAGAUUUCAAAAUUAUCAGGCAUUCAUGCUUUGCUGAAAAAGUUACAAUUUCUUUUUGAGUUACCUCCUGGAUUAAAAAUGUGCAUAGAAAAUGGAUCCUACAGACAAGCUGUUCGAUAUUAUCUCAAAGCCCAAAAAGUUCUUCAUCAAUAUGAGCACAUGCCUUCCUUCCAUGGGAUACAGAAAGACUGUGAUAUUCUUGUAAAUGAACUCAAAAUGAAAUUGAGAGAGCAGUUCAAAUCAAAAGAUGCUUCUCCCAAACAAUUAGCUGAAUGUGUGGAUCUUCUGUUGCAGCUUGGGGAACCAACCGAAGUAUUAUGUGAUGAAUUUCUCAAACAUGCAAAAGAAAAGUUGGAUGAUGAUUUGAAAGAACUUGAAUCUCAUUUGAAUUACUCUGAGGAAAGUAUUAUUGAUAAAAGUGAAGAAACUUCCAAGAAACAAAUGGAUAUCCUUGAGUUUAUAGACUUCAGUUAUAAUAAUUUUGUCAGCAAUACAUCUCUUGUGAUUGCUUCUUACUGGGAUUUGUUUCUGCAAAAGCCUGCUGCUGAAAUUGAACACAAGAAAACUGUUGCUAUGAACAUUCCUAUGAAAAAGUUAGAAUCUUUUGUUUUCAAAUUGAUGGAGCAGUAUUUUACUUUCAUUGAGAUUAGGUUCUCAAAGGAGAAAAUGAGGUGGAACAAAUACUGGUGGAAUUCCAGUAACGAUGAUGCUAUUCUUGUACGAGCUUUAGAUAGAUUUUAUAGAAGAGUGCAAGCAAUGAACAGACUACUGCCUCACAUAGAUUUUACAUUGAGAGGCAUACAAAUUGUUCAAAAAGCUGCUCAGGAUCGCUGCAAUUACUAUUUGCAAAAAUUAAUUGAAUGCUUUUCUGCUGCAUUGGUGAAUAUGAGACAAAAUAUUGCUGCUCCUCGAAGUCUGGGCCAAGAAGGGACUAAAGCUUUAACUGAUCUUUUAAAUAUUUUUGAAUCUCAGAUUUCUAGUAGAAUAAAUACUGUGCAGGCAGACUUGCAGUUGUUCAUUCAAACUGAUAUAACAUUUGCGAUGAAAGUGCAGUUCAAAGAAGAGUUUUGCAGAGAAUAUGUGCGUGAAGGUGUGAUUAUUGCAUUCCUUAGGCACAUAAAUAAAACAUGCCAGGAAUUCUGUUCUUAUACUGAAAGAAAUACUGUUCCACCUCAAUUGAUUUUGGUAUUAUCACGAUUUUGUCUCAAUUUGGAACAAUCAUCAAUUAGUGAAUGGGUUUCAUUGGUAGAUGACAGUUUUUCUAUUUCUAAUGAUAAUGGCUUAACAAGUAUAUCGGAUAUCUGUAUGGAAACAAAAGAAGUUGCUCAGAAACUCAUUGACCAUUUUGUGAAAAUACAAGGUUUGAAUAUAUCUCAAAUGUUACGUAAAAGUGUAGAAACCCGUGAUUGGUUAAACGCUAUUGAGCCAAGGAAUGUCCGAGCAGUGAUGAAGCGAGUAGUGGAAGAUGUCACAUCAGUGGAUGCUGAAGUAGGACAAUUAUAUGAGGAAGGGAUUAGACAUGAAAGAAGUAGUGAUUCAAGCAGGCGCACUUAUCCAAGUACUGGAAGAUCUCACCGAUCCAAAUAUAAUGCUUAUGCUCCAAGUACCAUUGAUAAUAGCCUGAUGAGCAACAUCCAAAAAUUAUUUUCAGAAAAGAUAGAGAUAUUCAGCACUGUUGAAUUUUCCAAAGUGUCUGUCAUGACCGGAAUUAUAAAAAUAAGUUUGAAGACUUUUCUAGAAUGUGUACGAUUAAGAACCUUCAGUAAAUAUGGUUUGCAGCAAGUUCAAGUGGAUAUUCAUUACUUGCAGCUAUAUCUGUGGCAUUUUGUAGCUGAUGAAAACCUUGUUCAUGUCCUCUUGGAUGAAAUAAUGAGCAGUGCUGUCAACAGGUGUUUAGAACCUGUUUUAAUGGAGCCUAGUGUUGUAGAUGUGAUUUGUGAAAGAGGAUGAAUACUUUGUCUAUCAAUUGAUCCAAAUUGUUUUGUACUUAAUUAGAGAUAAUGUGUUGUAUUUAUUUGAUGAUUUAUAUUUUAUGAAUAAUAAAAUUUAUAAUUCACUUGUUAA